AUGCCUUUCCAAACAACGCUUGCACGAUGGUUAUCAACCGAGCUUCCCGAAGAUGGACAUAUUUGUCACCCAUGCUUCUUACUGCUGUCUUCAGAAGAUGCAAGUGCAAGAGUCCUGGGUCAUACAAUGGUGUGUCUUGGUUGUGGCCGAUCAGUGAGGGAUGCAAGACAUCACAUUGUUGAGUCUGAGAGUCCACUUCUUCUGGACUUUUCUUUUACAACAAGACUUCAGGGAAUAACAAGGAACUAUAUUUGUCAUCCCUGCUGGAUGAGAAGUAACAGACAAUUACAUCAUGACUCAUCUCGAGAAGAAACUGCUCAGUCUUCGAAUAACAUCCAGCAUGAAGAUGCAUUGAUACCAGUUCAACCAGAGCCUCCUAACUUACCUUUAUCACAUGUUUUGCCACCAACUCAUAGAUUUUCUUUUGAUCAGAUUACCUUCAUUGAAGAUGAGUGCUCAGAAACCAAAAAAUACUCGAUAGGUUUUUAA